GAAGGAGCGACAGAAACCGGGAGGAGGAGCUGACCCAGCACGUGAAUGGCUGCCAAGGAUUAUGACCACUUGUUCAAGCUGCUCAUAAUUGGGGACUCCGGAGUUGGGAAAAGUAGCCUCCUGCUCCGCUUUGCAGACAAUACGUUUUCUGGUAGCUACAUCACAACCAUUGGAGUAGAUUUCAAAAUUCGAACACUAAUGGUAAAUGGAGAGCGGGUGAAACUGCAGAUCUGGGACACCGCAGGACAGGAACGCUUCCGGACCAUCACCUCCACGUAUUACCGUAACACACAUGGUGUCAUCAUCGUGUACGACGUGACAAACCCGGAGUCCUUUGUCAAUGUCAAGCGCUGGCUGCACGAGAUUGGGCAGAACUGUGACAGCGUCUGCAAGAUCUUGGUGGGCAACAAAUGUGAAGACCCCUCGCGGAAGCAAGUGGACACCGCCGAUGCCCGGCGAUUUAGCGAGCAAAUGGGAGUGCGGCUCUUUGAGACGAGCGCCAAGGAGAACCUCAAUGUUGAAGAGAUGUUCAACGCCAUCACAGCCAUGGUGCUCCGGACUAAACAGGAAAACCUGGCGCGACUCCACCAGCAAAACGAGGUUGUCAAAAUCAACAAGCCCAAGAAGAAACCGUCAGUCAAGAAAUGCUGCUGAA